UACAUACAUGCCUAGCCAAUUGGGGGAGAAGCAGGCAGGGCCCAGGGGCCCCCUGACCCGAACCUCUCUCCCCACCACAGUGCACCUGUGGCGCUUCUCCGGCGGCUACCCCGCCCUCAUGGACUGCAUGAACAAGCUCAAAAACAACAAGGAGUACCUGGAGUUCCGGAAGGAGCGGAGCCAGAUGCUGCUGUCCAGGAGGAACCAGAUGCUUCUGGAGUUCAGCUUCUGGAAUGAGCCGCAGCCCCGAGCAGGUCCCAACAUCUAUGAGCUGAGGACAUACAAGCUCAAGCCAGGAACCAUGAUCGAGUGGGGCAACAACUGGGCUCGGGCCAUCAAGUACCGACAAGAGAACCAGGAGGCGGUGGGCGGCUUCUUCUCACAGAUAGGAGAGCUCUACGUGGUGCACCAUCUCUGGGCCUACAAAGACCUGCAGUCUCGGGAAGAGACUAGAAAUGCUGCUUGGAGGAAGAGGGGUUGGGACGAAAAUGUCUACUACACAGUGCCCCUGGUGCGACACAUGGAGUCUCGGAUCAUGAUCCUGAUCCCUUUGAAGAUCUCGCCUCUCCAGUGAUGCUGCUGCCGCCACCGCCGCCUCACUGCCCUUCUCCCUUGGGGCAGCCACGGACAGAGGGGCUCCCGGUCCAGCUGUCUUGGUUUUCUCUCUGAUCUGGAAGGACUCUGGGGGCUAGUGCUCAGCUCAGACAACGGGGAGCUGAGGAUGACAGAGUUCUGAGGACUUGGCAGCUCUACCUGCCCUGCCCAUCCCUGCCCCUGUGCUGGAAGCAGUUUUUAAUUUCUUUGAAUGAAGAACAGCAACCUUUUAUGUCUUCUCACAUUCCCCCCGCCCCCCAAAAAAGUUCCUCAUCUCGGGGCCACCAGUCCCCAAGUAUUACCAAGGAAAAUAACAGUUUAGCUUUAGUUGCACAAAAGGUAGUGUGUCCAGUGGUUAGAGGUGGGGUGGGAAGGGAAGAGGUGAAAGCAGACCGGGCUCUCGGGGAAAUUCCCUGGUCUCCUCUGGCCAUCCACUUGCUGGACAGUCCGACCCAUGUCCCUCCUGCUGGGGAAAAGCCUAGAACCGCCUAGAAUUGCAAGAAGUAAAGGGAAAUCCUCAAGUUAGCAAAGUCAGCCGGAGGUCCACCUCAUGAACCCAGAAAGGUUGGGGAAAUGGAGCUGGAAAGGAUCUGGGGGCAGGAAACAGAAUGGAACAGAACGAGAACCAGUAACCCAGAAGGUAGAACGUAGAAUUCACAGCUUGGGUUUGAACUGCAGAACUUGGAAUACAGAAUGGGGGACAUAGCACCUAGGUGAUGAGACCACCUCGGAAGGUUUCCUAAUACAAGGCAGCUGGAAAGAGGCUCCUCGCUUUCCCUCUACACCAUGUGGUUGAAAACUUGAAUGUGUCAUUGCAGCCGUCUGUCUGUGCAGGGAGUCUCCUGCCCUCCCUUUCCCUUCCUGUAGGCAGAUAUCGGGCCACCGCCUGUGCUUUUCCUCGGUGACCUCCACACCUCAUGAACCUCUGGGUAGGUUGAUUCUGCCUCCCUUUCAGGAAAACUUGCGCUGGAAUUGCUGACGGAACCAAUUAAAUGUUUACUAUAAA